UUUAUAACUUAAUUGAUGUUCGGUAGAGUUGUGACGCCAAAGUUAAGGUGUCAUUAGUUAUUAACACAGGGCUGGGCCGUAAGCCUCAGCUAGCUGCUUUUUGCAACCAAGCAGGAACUCCGGCCUGUGCCGGAGUCUAAAUCAAGCGCUCCUUUUUUGACUGCUGCACACCUGCACCGAAGGAGGAGAUUCAGACCUUCAUGCUAACAUCCGAGGAAUGAGGAGCAAUCUAGCUAAAGAAAAUGAGAAGUAGAUCCAGUGAUAGGAGUGACGGUGGAGUAGAGUCUACACCCAGCUGUUCCAGUUUAAAAGCUACAGAUGAGACAUUUGGGCUUGAUCCAGAGCAGAGGCAAAUGGAUCAAACACGUCAAGCUCGUCGCCUGCAGAAACUUAAAGCCCAUCACAAUAAAUGUGAGGCUCAUCACAAGAAGCUCGUCACAAAGGCAACAAAUGAAGUGAGGGAGAACACGUCUUUUCUCCAUCAGAAGGGCUUAAUGUCAAAACAGUCAUCCGAUGAGAGCGACGAUACCAUCAUCCUUGGUCCAACACCAACUGAAGGGGACAUGAGCGUGCCUGAGCUUACAAGAACUGACAGUGUGAUUCUAAACAAACAAAUGCUUUGCUACUCAGAAGCAUCUCUAUCAAGUUCUGACAUCACUGAGGAAGAGUAUGUUCCCGAUUCUGAGAAAUCUGAGAGUGGCAGUCUAAACGACAGUGACAGUUCAGUAGACGUUAAACAGCUCAAGAAGAGGAAGAAAAGAGCCCAGAAAAAUACUUCUUCUCUGGAAGUCCAACCACUUAAGAGAAUGCGUGUGACCACUUCUAGUUCCUUGACUGCAAAAGAUCCUGGAGAAUCUUCUUCAACUGAUGCAAAAGAUCCUGGAGAAUCUUCUUCAACUGAUGCAAAAGAUCCUGGAGAAUCUUCUUCAACUGAUGCAAAAGAUCCUGGAGAAUCUUCUUCACUUGAUGUGACAGUCAUGACCUUGAAGAAGAAGGGAGAUGGCAGUAGGGCUUACAAUAAAAGGUACUUUUGUGCAUUUUGUAGCAAACCUUACAGCAAAAUGGCACGUCAUCUAGAAGCAAAACACAGUGAUACACCAGAAGUGGAAAGUGCACUGAAAUGUCCCAAAGGUUCUAGAGAACGACGGCUGCAGUUGUCCUUGAUAAGAAACAAAGGAAACCGUGCCCAUAAUAAUAAAGUCAUUAAAGAGGGAAAAGGAAUGCUCAUUCCCCGCCAACAAUGCACUAAAUCUGCAAAAGCUGGUGAUUACUUGCAUUGCAUCAACUGCGAGGGUUACCUCAAGCGGAAAUCCUUGUGGAGGCAUAUGCAGAGGUGUUAUCUCAGUCAAAAAGUCAAAGGACUGAAGCCAGGAACAUCUCGAGUCCAAGCCAUUUGCAAAUAUGCAGAGCCAGUACCAGACAGCGUCAAUGCACAGUUUUGGAAACUAAUACAUGACAUGCACCAUGAUGAUGUAGCAAAAGUUGUCCAAAGUGAGAAGUGCAUCUUGAAAUUUGGAGAACAUUUGUUCAACAAACAUGGUCAAGAUGUUACAAGACACGAAUACAUCCGACAGAAGAUGCGCGAAACCGCACGAGUUGUUCUGCAAGGGAAGAAAGAUGGCAAGUUGGAGACGCUCCCAGACUUCUUUGUGCCAGCUAACUUCCCUCAUGUUAUAGAUGCAGUUAAGAAAGUGGCUGGCUUGGAUGAAAGAACAAACGUCUUCAAAACGCCAUCUUUAGCACUCAAGUUGGGUCACAACCUCAAGAAAGUGGCAAAUGUUCUUGAAUGUGAGGCUAUGAUCUCAGGCGAUGAGAAUACCAUUCACAAUGUGCGAAUUUUCAAACAAAUCUGUGAGACCAGAUGGAGCGAGUGUGUCUCUUCCCAUGCUCUUAGGACUUUGAAUGAGGCUAAGUGGAAUGCUCCUCAGCUUAUUCCCUUUGCUGAAGACGUUAGGAAAAUGCACCAGUAUCUUGACACAAAAAGGAUGGAGUGCCAGAGGAACCUGAAGGAAGAAGCUGUAAAGAAGAACUGGGCUGAACUUGCCAAGAUCACGCUUUGUGAGGUGAUAAUAUUCAACCGGAGAAGAGAGGGAGAAGUAUCCAAGAUGCCACUGAACGCUUUCACCUUGAGAGAUACCUCUGUCACCCAUCCAGAUGUGGAGCUUGCUUUGUCAGAACUUGAAAAGAAGCUGUGUAAACACUUCCAGCGAAUUGAGAUAAAAGGCAAACGUGGCCGAAAGGUUCCCAUUCUCCUAACUCCUAAUAUGGCAUCAUCAAUGGAGUUGCUUGUCCAAAAUCGCCGCAAUUGUGAUGUAUUGGAUGAGAAUCCAUACAUGUUCGGGAGACCACAGACUCUCAAUCACUUCAGAGGAUCGGAUAUUAUUCGUGAGAUGGCUCAAAACUGUGGAGCAAAACACCCUGGAGCAUUGUCCUCAACCAAACUGAGGAAGCACAUGGCCACCAUGUCAAAGGUACUUAACCUAAAGGACAAUGAAAUGGACGACCUAGCUGACUUCCUUGGCCAUGACAUUAGAGUUCAUCGUCAGUAUUAUAGAUUGCCUGAAGGGACAUUACAGUUGGCAAAAAUCAGUAAAGUGUUGCUGGCACUAGAAAGAGGACAGCUCUCCCACUUCAAAGGACGAAAUCUGGAUGAAAUCAGCAUUGAUCCACAAGAAAAAAUGUCUGUGGACAGUGGAUCAGACACUGAAGAAGAGGUUGACUCAGCUGAGAGGGAUGCUGGUACUUCAUCUUCCAGAUCACCAGAUAUGGAUGGCAACAAAAAAGUAGAAAAUGGUCAAUUUGGGGUGACCAGGAGAUGCACCACUGAAGUUGGACAAAGCAAUGAUCUGCCCUCAGCAAAAGAGAGGUCAGAUGACGAGGUACUGGCAGACAUGGAAGUCUCUGGCAACUCCAACACGACUAACGGCCCACCACAAAAGAAGAGACUGAAGUGGAACCAAGAAGAAAUCCAGGCAGUGGAGAAAACACUCAUGGACUGUAUUGACUCUGGAAAGGUUCCUGGGAAAGCCCAGUGUAUGAAGUGCAUUGAAACCUCACCAGUAGCCCUCAAGGACAGGACAUGGCAAGGGAUUAAAUUCUAUGUGAAAAAUCGCAUAGAUGCAUUAAAACGAGAGACUUUCAAAAGAAGGUAAGCGUUGACCUUUUUGUUACUGUGAAAGAAAACGGAUCAUUUGUUAGUGCCAUUACCACGCCGAUUCUGUUUGGAGUUUCUGCCGGUUUUGAAGUUUUGAGACAGCUGCAGUCAAGUUUUGUAAUGCAAGUAUGUAUGCAUACUGUAUGUUCAUGUUUAUUGAUACAUAUCAAUGAAUACAUUUCAUUUUAGUACAUGCAUGUUGGAUUGUAUGUAUAUUUUUUGCAACAAGAUACUGUAAGUUAUGCAAUAAAAUGGUUCACAUAGAACCAGAAAA